AUGCCAGCAUUAUAUUAUUUUGAGGAUAAACUGAAGUGCCUUUCCGAAAACCCCAACAAUGUGUACUGUGUCGCUAGAAGUGUCAUCGUACCUGAUAGCUCAUCUAAGCUAUGGGCGACUAUUGAAAAAUACUCAAAACAGGACACUCAAUACCAACAUAACGUAUUAGAUCGCGGAUUCUGUUUGAAAACGUGCACCGAACUAGUAGAAGGCUUAACAGAUGAUCAACGAAGACUUUACGACCAGCGGAGAAUUGACGUGGAACCACCGUACAUUUACAAUGCUACUUAUAUCCCCGGCAUGGACGAGUACAAACGAAACUAUGGAAAACUUGUCAACAUAUGCUUAAACUAUCGAUUACGCCAAGGUUACAACCUUUCCAGUUAUUCGGAAAUAGAGCACUGCAUGACCCCAGCGGAACUUAUCAAACCCAUCACAGCGCUUCAUGUAUUGUUUGCUAUACUACUUGGUGCAAUUGUGAUCCUGGUGAUCCGCGCGACAUUUCGCGACGAUCGGAUUGUACCUAACCUAAACAACAACGACGUCGCAAUUGAAAUCAAUUCAAAGCAACCAGAAAACGACAUAUGGAUGGAAUUUUCUCUCAAACGUAGCCUGCGAACGUUGCUGGCAAAACCGAAAACCAAACUGCAACAGGAUUUGGCUUUCAUCGAAUCCAUCCGUGUUGUAUCGGUAGCCAUAAUCACCAUUGUUCACACGUUUAUGUCAUUCGGGGCAAGUCCUAUGACUAACCCCAGGGUACUGGAAGACUUGUACGGUAAUGCCGUCGUAAGGAUGGCAUCGGCAGUGUUUCCUUUUCUGGUGCACACAUUUUUCACCAUCGGGGGGAUGUUGCUCGCGGUUCGAUUCCUGGAUUUGAUCGAAACGGGUACCAAGUUCCGAUGGCAUUACUUUUUUCUUGGAGUAUUUCAUCGUUAUGUGAGAAUGCUACCGAUAUACUUCAUCAUGUGGCUGUAUCAAGUCUCGUGGUUUGAUCGGCUGGGUAAUGGACCGACCACCCACCGCAUGGUGGAUGUAGAAAUGCAAUUUUGCAAACAACACGGUUGGUCGAACUUUUUGUUCAUUAACAACUACUACAAAUUCAACGAACCGUGUAUGCAACAAACAUGGUCAAUGGCUUCAGAUUUUCAGUUCUUUAUCGUUGGCAUGAUUAUAAUGAUGCUGCUUUGGAGGUUUCCAAAGUCAACAAAAGUAGUUGUAGCCGCAAUGAUAUCAAUUUCAAUCGUAGUCCCGAUGGUAAACAAUUACAAGUACAACUUCGUUGGAGUUAUUCUGCUCAAUUUCAAGCACCUCCGGUUCAUGCUACUACACUACGAGUGGUUGCUGCGAGAUUAUGUCGUCGCACAUCCCCACACGUCCAGUUAUUUCUCCGGUAUAAUCGCUGGUUUAGUGUACCACAAAGUUCGAAAGGAUCCGAAAAUGCUAGCGAAGCUUGUAGCCUAUCGGCACGUGAGGUGGAUUGCUCCACUGAUGGUGAUUCUGCUCUCCGUUCCGGCGACCGUCUUUUACGACAUCAAACCAAAGCAGCCAUCACUUUGGAUGGCAAUAUACGCAUCAGUUCAUCGUAACUGUUUUGGAACCAUGUGCGGAGUUGGGUUACUGUAUUGGGCAAUCGACGGUAGCAGUAGAAUACCGGCUGUUCUCCGACAUCCGAUAGUGCUGGCAAUCGGACGACUGUCAUUCUGUGUUUAUUUGGCACAGUUCAAUGCAUUGCGGUAUUGUUUUAUCCAUGUCGAAGGGUUUGGAUUUGUCCUGAAUUUGCAGAAUUUUGUGAGUAUUUCUACGAACGCGCUUAACACGGCUGAUCUAUAA